AGAAGUUCAUGGGGAGGAAGAAGUUCAUGGGGUGGAAGAAGUUCAGGUUGGGGAAGUUGGGGAAGUGGAUCAAAAAAACUACCAUCAGCUACACAUAGUCAAGAACACAGGCCUCAACCAUCAGCUCCUAAAUAUGAAGAGCCGAAAAAAUCAGUACAUUUUGAAUCUACCUACAGAAAAGCAUCGCCAGCGACGAAUAAGCCAGUGAAUAGUAAUUAUAAUAAUUAUAAAACGACCCCAUCUGCACCAAGAUUAGGUGGUUCAUUUGGUACAUAUUAUGAUGGAAAAGCUAAUGGAGGAAGUGCAGGAAUUUCGGCACAAAACACUCCGAAGCCAUAUGUUCCAACAUCUUUAUCUCAACCUACAAAAUAUAAUCCUCCAUACCCAUUAGGAAAUCCACAGGGUUUGCAUCCAGUUCCUCAUAAUACUGGCCCUUCUUAUGGUUCCUCAAUAGGAGCUUCUAAAUAUCCUCAAGCUUUAUCACAGCCUGCUUACAAUCCCAAUUAUCGUACUAAUACAGGUUCAGCAAUGGGAGCUUCUCAAUACCAUCAAACUUCAUCACAGCCUGCCUACAACCCUCAUUAUCCUACUAACACAGGACACUCGUAUACUCAAUCAGGAUCAUAUCCAUCUGGAACUCAUUCGUAUCAAGGAGCAUAUGGAAAUCAAGGACACUCGUAUACUCAAUCAGCAUCAUAUCCAUCUGGAACUCAUUCGUAUCAAGGAUCAUAUGGAAAUCAAGGCGGAUACCAUCCGAGUUAUCCAUCAGGAGGAAGUUCCUUUUCUCAACCGGGAGUGGUUUACAUCCCCACUUCUGCUAAUAGUGGAAGAGGUACUGGUGACAUUGUCAAAGAAGCUCUCAUAUAUUCAACAGUAAAUGCUGGAGUGAACGCUGCAGCCAAUAGAAUAUUUUAUCCUAGCCAUUAUUCUGGACAUAAUUAUGGUUCUGGUUAUGGCUCUGGUGCUUAUAACUCUGGUAGUCCUGCUGGAGGUUAUGACCACACGCAAAUAACUUACAACAAUUAUUAUAACAAUCAGCCUACAAGUGUACCACAAGGAGUAGACAAUUUAAAUUCAUUUUCUGCUGGAGCAUCAACUAUUCGUUCAGAUAAUUUAGGAUCAGGAAUAACACCUGAUAGCAAUUUUCGCGGACUAAAUCAGCCAUCAGGGAACAAUCAACCAUCAGAAAUUAAUAAUGGAAACGGAUCACCAGGAGCUAUUGCGGGCAAUGUACCUGUUAACACUAAUGCUAACUUCAAUAAUCCUGGUGUCAGUAAUCCUGACAUUAACAAUCCUACCUUGAGAAAUCCUAAUAAUAAUCAGCUUAACAGCCCAAGUCCAUCUAAUAUCCCACAUUCAAAUCCGCCUCAGUUGUUGAUUUCGGAUGAAGAAUUGACCAAAUUAACAGAAGAUCUUUUUUCUCGACAAGAAUUUGAUGCCAAUAAGUAUAUCAAACUAAAUCUGCAAAAGAAGGUUAAUAGCACUGACAUAGCGGAUGAAUCACUAGAGCCACUCUUUGAGGUUCAAGCAGGAGUUAAUAACAUUCCAACGAUUGAAGUAAUCCAGAUGUUAUAUGACAAUUAUGAAUAUGAUUCUCAAAUAAGAGAGAAGGUAACUCCCGAAAAGGUGAAGGAGCAAAACGACUUCUUGGAAGUAAUUCUACAAACAAAUGUGAUGUCAAGAGUCACGAAAUGGUUAACUGAAAAAAAUUAUAUUUCCCCCGACUCAUUGUUGAUGAAAGAAAUGCUGAAUCGAAUUUGGUUCACGCCGAUUGAAGGGUCAACGUCAGCUUUUGAGAGGACGUUCCUGGCAGAGAAGUAUGGGGAAGCGAGUAUCAUGGGUUUGCAAAAUUGGGUUUAUGUCAACCAUGCUGAAUCAAAAAAAGAAGUAAAUUACAUGGGAUAUAUGGAUAAGCUGGAUUUAGGAGAUAAGGGAGCUCUCCUGAAAGUGGUCUUUAAAUCAGACAAAAUUAUCCAACCCACAGCAAUAUUUGUCGGCACUUUGCCAGAACUAGAAAUGGCACUGUAUACAGUUUGUUUUUAUGCAAGACCAAAUGGAUUGUGUCCAAUUUCCUUGGGAGGAGCAAAAUUCAAUAUCUUUACUCAUACUUAUCACUCGUGGGGAAAAGAUUUUCUUGAUGUGGCUGUUCCUGUUUUGUAGAGAAGCAUUUUACUUAAUUUUUUAAAUGUUUUUAUCAAAUUUAAGUGUUAGUAUACGAAAUAAUCCUAUCACAAUUAAAUAAAUUAGAAUUGUUUUGCUAAAACAUUAUAUGAUAAAAAUGUCAAACAUUUUAAAUUAAGAAUUUUUCUUGACCUAUUUUGUAUUAAAUACAAAAUACCGGGUCAAACCGGGAUAUUAUUUUCUUAACCGCCUGGCCGGAAUCUGACCGAGUUCCUACCUGAACCCAGUCGGGCCAAAAAUGGUGCAUAAUAGAAGUAUCAUAGCCUUUAAAACAUCUUAAGAAAUAUCCACAAACGACUGCCGUAAGUGGGUCGUGUUUUAAAUAUCUAACAGGUAAGAGACCAAUUUUUUGUGAUUUAGGUGUUUUUUAUCAAUUAUGAAAGAAAAAAUAAACUAAUUUUAAUUAUA